AUGAAAGCUCUCAAUUACGUAAGAGAGUUUGAGUUGCAAAGGAUGAAGGAAUCAGAGACAGCCAAAGAAUACUCUGAAAGGCUGCUUGAUAUUGUCAAUAAAGUAAGAUUACUUGGCACUUCCUUUGACGAUUCUAGAAUCGUCCAGAAAAUGUUAGUUACUGCGCCUGAAAAAUAUGAAGCAUCGAUCACCACUUUGGAGAAUACAAGAGAUUUGUCCACAAUCACCUUGGCAGAGUUAUUAAACUCUUUUCAGGCUCUAGAACAGAGAAGGUCUAUGAGGCAGAAUGGUUUUGUCGAAGGAGCUCUUCCCGUCAGGCAUCAUGAAGAUAACGAGUUUCAAAAGAAGCAAGUUGUUUCUAAGUAA